GCGGGGCCUGAGAAGAAGAAGGUCUCAAUUCUCAAGGUCAUUAAGCACUGUUGGACAAAGCACGACGAUGAGUCAGAAGCCGAUCUGCCACCCCGCUUCGCUGAAAUCGAAACGAAGUAUAACACAAAUGUUGAGAAGAAGCGGGCGGAAUUAGGCUUGACUCAGGAGGAUGAGAUUGAUUCUGAUGUGGAAGAUGAAGCCAUCAUUGAGGCAGCUGGGGUGUACAAAGGCCGGGUUCCGUGCAUGGGGGCCGAGGGGCAACGGAUUUUGUACGACCGCAACGGCGCUUCAUCUUCUUGAUCAAGGCGCGGAGAGGAUCCACGUAUCGCUCAAUUGCAGCGGGAGUUGGAGGAGCAACGCAAAAAGGACGAAGAAACAAGAGUCCGAUAGGAAGCGAUGGAGCGGAUCCUCAGCGCCGGAAUUCGGAAUCAGCCUCAGCCUCAGCCGUAUAUACUGCACCCCGAGCAGACUCCUCAAGUUCCGCAGAUGGGCGGUUAUUUCCGUUCCAACUCUG